GGAACCAUUGCAAAAGGAUUGUUUCCUGACGGCUGUAUUUAUAUGGUGGAAAGCAUGUUGUGGUUGUCAGAUGGCAAGAUAAGCAACCUUCUCUCGUUUUAACAUCACGAAAUUCUUGCAGUGCAUGAAGAGAAUGCCUAACUUUUCAAGCCAGAUGCCAACUCAGAUGCAAGUUUCCCUUCUAAAUGAGGGAGGUUUUGACCUUCACACUGGAACAAGUUUUGCAUAGUCUUCCAAAACUUCAGAGGGUCAAAGGAUGGAGGAAAACCAAGAACUUGAGGAGAAACAAGAACCCAGUAUCACAGCACAAAGUGAGGACAAGGAUACAAAUGCGAUGGUGUUGCAAAAUGUCACUGAAAAUUGUAAUGGAAAGAAAAGAGUUUGCCCCGUGUGUCAUAAAAGAUUUGGUGCUCCAUCCAAACUAAAAAGGCAUUUCCUUAUUCACACAGAUCAGAGACCUUUUCAGUGUACCAUAUGCUGCCGUGGUUUCAAGUAUCUCUAUCAUCUAAAAUCACACCUUAGAACUCACACUAACCCUGUGAAGCAGAGGACACCAUCACUCCAGAGCCAGAGAAACAACAGUGUGCCCUGUAAUCAAGUGUCUAAUUCAAGCUUAAAACACUCUGUGUGUAAUGACCUUGGUGGAACAGUUAGAUCUUACUCUCCAAACCAUCUAACUGCCCAAAGCGAUACCAAUUCAAGUUUUGCAUAUUCUUCCAAAACUUCAGAGGGUCAGUGGAUGGAGGAAAACCAAGAAUUUGAGAAGAAACAAGAGCCCAGUUUCACAACACAAAGUGAGGACAAGGAUGCAAAUGCGAAGGUGUUGCAAAGUAUCACUGAGAAUUGUAGUGGAAAGAAAAGAGUUUGCCCCGUGUGUCAUAAACGAUUUGGUGCUCCAUCCAAACUAAAAAGGCAUUGCCUUAUUCACACGGAUCUGAGACCUUUUCAGUGUUCCAUAUGCUGCCGUGGUUUCAAGCAUGUCUAUCAUCUAAAAGCACACCUCAGAACUCACACUAACCCUGUGAAGCGGAAGACACCAUCACUCCAGAGCCAGAGAAACAACAGUGUGCCCUGUAAUCAAGUGUCUAAUUCAAGCUUAAAACACUUAAUGUGUUUUGGCCUUAGUGGAACAGUUAGAUCUUACUCUCCAAAACAUCUUACUAGCCAAAGCGAUACAAAUUCAACAGAUAAUCAAAAGCCAGCUGCAGUAGACUUAAUCGAUACUAAUUCAGGUACCACUAGUGUUGAAAUUAGCAAAAAUGUUUCAGAAAGUGGUUCAAAAAAUAAAAAGGGACAUUGGUGCCCUGUAUGUUUAAAAUGCUUUAAAGCCCCAUCAAAACUCAGGCGUCACAUUCUGAUUCAUACAGAUCAAAAGCCUUUCAAAUGCUCUGUGUGCUUUAAAGAUUUCCGACAAAAACACCACUUGAAAGAUCACAGGUGUAAGGAAGAAUUUAGACCGAAAUGCAACUCUAUUUUGAGUGAUAUGCAGGUAAGAGAGAAAACAGUCCAGCAGAAUUCUGAGGGAGGUGUGGUAGCUACCACAGUAGAUGCUUCAAGUGAUAUUCAAGGUAGGUGUUUUAAACCGGGAUUGAGCUCUUCAUCACCAGAUGUAGUCACAAUUGCUGAAAAAAGGAUCCCUCCAGUAUCCAUGUCUUCUCAUCUCAUGUGUCCACUUCCACUCAAAAAGAAAACUGGAAAUCAGUGUAAAAUAUGCUGGAAGAUAUUCAGUUACCCUUCUAAACUAACUCGACAUCUGUUCAUUCAUUCCGAUGUUAAGCCUUACACUUGCACGAUCUGCAGAAAGUCAUUCAAGGAGGCCGGUUGUUUCCAUAAACACCUCAAGAUACAUACAGGAGAAAAAAACAACCCUUCUAGGUUGCAUGGAGUGUCGCAGAAAUAUGGUACCGAAUGUUCAACACCUGGAGCUUUAUAUGCUACAAAUAACCGCAAACCGGAUGGCGGUAAUGUGUCUUUACCUCAGAUAUUUGACUCUAUAGACACCAAAAGGUAUGAAAUGCUUGAAUGCAAAAGCAAGCUUAACCAAAAUGUCCCCUUGACAGAGUCAAGUACUGUAGAGAUUAAGAGCUCUGACACAUUGAUAAAUUCUGAGGCACAGAUCGCAUUCUCCAGCCCAUCGUACCUUAAGCGCCAACAUAAAGGUGCGCAUCAGUGCUGCAUUUGUCUGAAGAACUUUCCAUAUCCUUCCAAGCUCUCUAGACAUAUUUUGAGCCACACAGAUUUCAGACCAUUUAAGUGCCACAUGUGCUCAAAAUCAUUUAGAGAGCUGUCUUAUUUACAGUGCCACCAGAAGAUCCACAAAAAAAAGGGUCAGGACAUAACUUCAGGUCAUUUGGAACAAGAGCAUACGGUUUCUUUUGGUAAUACUGCGAUUUGUAAAGACCAAGAUGUUCAAAUCUCCUCACAAGAUGGAGCUGAAGACUUUUCUCCAGCAUACAAAGAUCAAAAUAUGGUCACAGAUAAUAUGCCAUCUCAAACAAUGAAUGGUGACUGCAGUGAUUCAGGUGUGUUUUUCUCAAACGGUACUAGUCUCCUAGAGAAUGUUCAGAUCAAGUCAGAGGAUGUUUUCCAGUGCAACAACAAAUCUGUUUGGGAACUGACACAUAAAACUGACAUCUCGGGGCUUGUUGAGAAAAAGCCAUCUGACAUUGUGCCUUUCGGCAGGGUGAGUGACUGUCCACCCAAAACUGACUCAUCUCUUUGUCAUUUUCCUACCGAACCAAGAACUGAGGAAAAAUGGUCACAUCACAUGGAUGAUAUUGAAGAUUCUGCCUUUGUGGACUUUGACAUUGUUAAAUAUGUCCCUGAUUCUUACGUGCCCCAUUCAGAUGAGUAUCAACAGAAACCCGACAUUACCAAACUCGGAGAAGAAGUUGAUGUGGGGCAUUUGGACUUUCAGGAUCCAGGUAAAUGCUUUACCGACCCUCCACAUGACUUACCCAUUUGUCCUGACUGUAGUCAGUGUUUUUCCACGGUAACAGCAUUAUAUGCACAUAAAUGUGCAAACAGAUACCCUGAAAAGAAAAUAAGGAAAUCCCACCAGUGUGACAUUUGCUUAAAAGUCUUCAAUGCGCCAUCUAAACUGAAGAGACACAGUGUUACACACACCGGCCAAAGGCCAUUCCAGUGCACACGGUGUCAGAAGACCUUCACGCUGCCCCAUCAUCUGAAAACACACAUGCUGUCCCACAGGUAAAAGUGUUACCUCAAGAGUAGCCCCCCCCAAAAAAGAGCUGGGUAGUAACUGAUUACAUGUAAUCUGGAUUACAUAAUCAGAUUCCAAAAAUUAAGUACUUGUAAUUAGAUUAUAUUACAUUUUAAAAUGCUCCUAAUCAGACUACAGUUCAUAUUUCAUUGAUUUCAUUAGUUAUUCAUAAUUCAUUGAUUCUCCCCACUAUUUUUUUUUUUUUUCUUUUAAAUUUUUCUUUCUAAAAAAGCCUACUGCUUAUAUACAUUCAGAGGGUCCUCCAGGUUUGUGGAAUAUCACUGAAAACAGAGACCCACACAUUUGAUCACUGGAUUUACAGAAAUCAUUUCACUUUUAAGAAGUGUUUUCUCGACAUUGCAGCAUUGCAAAAUGUCGAGAACACAUUGCAAUGCAGGGAUUCCCCAACUUUUUUGUCAGCUAAACAUACAUAUAUAUAUAUAUAUAUAUAUAUAUAUAUAUAUAUAUAUAUAUAUAUAUAUAUAUAUUAGUGUUUUAUUUUGAUUGCUUUUUAUUUUAAAAUUAUUUCUUUUAAAUGUUAAAAUUUGUAUGAUUUCAUUAUGUAAUAGCUUUUCAUUAAACUCAUGAACCCCUUGCAGUUCCUUCACGAACCCCAGUCUGGGAAACCCUGAAUUAAUGCAAUAUUUAAUACACUUUAUGUUGAUAAAGAAUGGAAUAUAUUUUCUUUCUCUUUGUUUUUUUUUUUAUAUCAGAUUAUCAGAUUAUACCAGAUUAUCCUAUUCAAAUCAAUGUGAUAAAUGAGUUUGGUCAAAAGUAAUCUAAAAGUAAUUAAAAAGUAGUCAGAUUACAUUACCUUAAAUGUGUAAUGUAAUGGAUUUCGUCACUAACUACAAUUUUUGUCAUGUAAUUUGGAAUCAGUAACUGAUUACAGUUAUUUGUAAUUAAUCUAUCCAGCUCUAUGACCCAAGCAAAAGUGAUUUCACUGUGAAUCAGUUGUUUUCGAUGUAGAUUCUUUAAGUAACUUUUGUCUUGAUUUGUCUUUACAAAUUUAGAAACAGCCUGGAUUUUGAACCUAGAAUUAUUGUUAAUAAUGUUUAAUGGCAUGUUGUUGUUCUUUAUGUUGAUGUUAUGUUAAUGUUCUUAAUUUUAUUUUAUUGCUAAAUUUUUAUAUAAUUUUACAGCUUGUCAUGAAGCCAUAUAAUUUUGGUAAAGUUGAUGUGUAGAAGUUUGAAUAAGAAAGGAAUUAAAAUAAAACAUUGAAAUUUA